AGGUUAGACCCGAAAAAAAUUACAUCUAAGUUUGUCGCCCCAUCCUCUGCAGAAACUCUGGAGGCGCCGCCGCAUCAGGAGUGGGGAGGGAGUCACUCCGCCACUGAACACCCUCGUCCUUCCCCUCCUCCUCUCCCUCCUUCUCCAUCUCCUCCACCUUCUCCUCUUUUUCCUCUGCGUUGACGAAGUGUAUUGGUGAAAAGAUUUCUUACCCUGCUCCAGCAACGCCCUGACUUUCCAUCCUUUUGCUCCUCCGCCUCCUCCUUUUCCUGCUCCUACGCAUCCUGCAAUACAAGUAGUCCAUGAAAACCCUUGCUGGUGGUAAUGCUGUGCGGCGUGACAGUGUUUUGAUAAAAGCUGCAAUACUACAUUUACACUAAGCCGGAAAGAGAUAGAGGAAAACGAGGACUUGCAUUGAACGAAUCCUAAGAAAAAAACGAAGUGCGAGAAAAGAAAGAAAAUAUGAUCCGUGACAAUGGCCCCGAGAGAGCAUGAGACAAGGCGAAAGAGAAGCAAGAAAAAGCGGAAAUAGUAAGAGAGGAAAACAAAAGGAGAAUUGGCGGAGGAGGCGACCGACAGGGGAGCCGAGGAGAAGCAGAAGUGGAAGAAGAGACAAUCCCUGGGAGCAAAUCAAGACACAGUUUGCCUGAGUGUGUGUGUGUGUGUGGAGGAGGUGCGAAGGAAGCAAGAAAACGGGAAAAAAAACAAAAGAAAAACGAAACUAAAAUCACACCGAGACAAGAAAUAAAAGCGCCAUAUACUAACCUCAAAAAGUAAAGAUAAUAAGUAAAUAAAUAAAAAAAGAGAGAAGGAAAGGUAGAUUAUUAAGAGAGCGAGUCAAAGUUUUAAUUUAAGUGAGUAAGUGAGUUUAAGUAAAAUAAAGUAACCACACCAUCAGAAAAAACACACAAAAAAAUAAAACAACUAUAAAACAAACAAAUAAACACCAAAAUUAAAACAAACCGAGUGCAUAGUGUGUGAAAAAAAUAAACAAGAAAAAAAACAAGGUCAAACAAACACUCGUCGAAGAAAAGAAAAAAACAUUAAAAACAUUACUUUAAAAACACAAAACUAAUCCUGACUUAAUGAGUGAGUGCGCGACCCGAACUAAAGGAAGCAAAACAGAGCUAAAAAACAACACAGAAUAUAUCCAAGGGCGAAAAAACUAAGGAAAUACCACCUAACCAGCCUCCUAAAGCCUUGUGACCCCGUGGCGAGCCUUGUCUGCGCUAUGAUUGGUUGGCCGGGCGAGGUGGCAGGGGCGCUGAACAGCCAAUGGGCGGCAAGACACCAAGUUCUCCUGGUGGUGCUGCUCUGCCUCUCGUGGCCUCCCAGAGCGAUGGUCUCCGCGCUCCUCAUGUCAAAACUGCCGGUGUCCGUGAUGUCCGGCGUGGCGGGAGUGCCUGCGCGGCUGCCCUGCGUGGUGAUCCAGAAGCAACAGGAGGACUUGCCCAUCCUGGUGCUGUGGUACAAGGACGGUGCCAGGCUGCCCUUUUACACCAUCGACCUUCGGGAGAUGGCGGACAAGGAGUACAUCGACGAGGAGGUGAAGGGCCGGGUGCGGGCUAAGGUGUCUGAAGGCGGUCACCUCACCCUCGACCCGCUGCUGGGCUCCGACGCGGGCAGGUACAAAUGUAGAGUCGACUUCAAGGACGGACCCACGCUCUCUGCCUUCGUCAACCUCACAGUCUACGUGAUGCCGUCCCGCCUGAUGGUGCUGGAUAAGGGGGGCCGCCAGAUCACCCCCGGCCUGCUGGGGCCCCUGACGGAAGGCUCCAAGCUCACCCUCUCCUGCGUCGCCACGGGAGGACGGCCGCCCCCUGAGGUUACCUGGUGGCGCGGCCCUCACCUGCUAGCCAACCGGAGCCGAGUGCUAGGGGAGGGCGGGACACUGCUGCCGGAGCGGAGGGGGAGCGAGAACAGCCUGCAGGUCAACGUGGGCGCGAGGUACGUCCGCACGGAACUCAUCAUCGACGAGCUUAGCCGCGACUUCGCACGAGCCAACCUGACGUGUCGAGCCUCCAACAACAACCUCACCGACCCCCUCCACACCACCGUCUCCUUGGACCUGUACCUUCGGCCGUCCCAGGUGGUGGUGAGGGCGCCGCCGGAGCCGCUGGUGGAGGGGCGGGAGACGAGGCUGGAGUGCGUGGCGGCGGGCGCGUACCCGUCAGCCGUGAUCACUUGGCAGAAGAGCCGCGGCGGGAAGACCUCGCCCCAGGAUGCCAAGUCGCGGAUGGUGGGCAACAAGACUGUCUCGAUGCUCACCUUCGUACCUGAGGCGGAGGACAACGGCGCGGCGCUCACCUGUCGCGCCCACAACCCCAACAUUCCCGGCCAGGGCAUGCACACCACCACCGUCCUGCAAGUCACCUUCGCUCCGAGGGUCAAGCUGCGUCUCGGGGUCAGCCUUGGCGGCCGCCCCAUCACCGAGGCCGAGGACGUGUACUUCGAGUGUGAGAUCGCCUGCAACCCCCCGGCCCGUCAAGUGAUGUGGCACAAGGAUGACCUUGAGGUGCUCCAGGACAUGAAGGCGGGCAUCAUCGUGUCGCAGAGGAACCUGGUCCUUCAGAUGGUCCGCCGCACCUCCGCCGGCAACUAUACCUGCACCGCCGGCAACGCCCUCGGCACUACCGUCAGCAACGUGGUGCCGCUCUCCAUACGCUACUUGCCGGUGUGCAGGGACGGGCCGCAGACGGUGGCGGUGGCGGAGGGCGAGGACGUCCGCCUUACGUGCCGGGUGGACGCCCAGCCCGACGAGAACCUGCGCUUCACGUGGUUCUUCAACAACACCCUCGACACCGUGGAGGUCGAGGGGCACCGCGUCCAGGUGACGAAGGGACACAGCUUCCUGGACUACACCCCGAGGUCGGCGCGGGACUACGGUACGCUGUCUUGCUGGGCGACCAACAUCGUGGGGACUCAGGCCGACCCUUGCCGCUUUACCGUGGUGGAGGCGGGCCCCCCGGAGCGAGUGGGUAACUGCAAGCUGGUUAACCUGACAGUGGGGACCCUGGAGGUGGGCUGCACGCCGGGCAAUGACGGAGGGCUACCGCAGUACUUCGUCGCCAGGGUCUUCGCCUCGCCCAAGCACAUCCUCCUGGCGACGCUGAGGGAACGCGAGCCGAGGUUCCACGUGGAGGGCCUCACGCCGGGGCAGGACUACCUCAUCACCAUCACGGCCGUCAAUGACAAGGGAUCCAGCGAGCCCGAGGAGAUUGAUGCUAUACGGCUGAAGGUGGCGGAGAAGCGUAUGGGUGACGUGUCUGCUCCCCACGUGUCGCCUCUCGUGGGUGUGUUCCUCGGGCUCGUCGGCGGCUUCGUCCUCCUCCUCUUGGCCGGGAUUGUGCUGACCCGCGCGCGCUCCAGCAACCGGUGCACGUGUCUCCGGCAGCGGGACAGGGGGACGGGGGACUCCGGCGACACCUCCACCUCCUCCAAGAAGGGCAUGGGGGGGCGUGGGCUGUCGUCCUCUCCUGGGGGCGACCAAGACGACGAGGACGAGGACGAGGACGGGCCCGACGUGGUGAAGACUGCUAACGAGACGGCGCAGCUCCUGGAGGGUCAGAAAUGCCCGGAGAUCAUCCCUGCGCGGCGCUCCCAGACCUACACGCACACCACGGUCCCGAGUCAGACCAGCACGAAGGACGGCUCGCAGCUAGCGCCGAACGGUACGGGGGGGCGGGGAGGGCUGUUCAGGGACGCCGGCAGCCCCCACCACCUAUCGCAGGAUGAGAGCUUCGUGUAACCCAGCCCCAGCCAGCCCCAUGUCUACCCCAGCAAGCUCCGGCCACCCCAGCCAUCCCCGACCAUCCGCGACCAGUCCCCGACCAGCCUCUGCCAGUCCCGACCAACCGCGAUCAGCCUCGACCAGCCCCAGCUAUAUCCGACCAGCCCCGACCAUGCCCGACCAGCCCCGACCAACCCCAGCCACUCUCCUCUCUGGUGGUGGUGGUGAUUGAGUGAUUACAGGACAGAUGAAAGUCGGUGUGGCUUUUGUGUGUAUAAGACCAAUCCAAGAGAUGAUGAAUGAUGAUGAUGAUGAAGAUGAUGAUGAUGAUGAUGAUGAUGAUGGUGUGGUCG